AUGGAUGACAAGAAGAAUGAGGAUUACAACAUUAAGAUGCCCGACUAUAAUGGGAGGUCAUCGCCCUCGUCAAGAGACCCUUUCCUAGCAAAAUCACCGUCCCGGCACAACUCAAAUGGACCGCCAGCAAUGUCAAACAUCGCGAACAGCCCACCGCUUUCCAUUCUGGCAUAUUGUCUAGCGUCAAUUUCCAUGACCGUCACAAACAAAUACUGUGUUUCUGGGGCGAACUGGAAUUUGAACUUCUUCUACCUGGGAAUUCAAGUUGGUCCCCCUUUACAAGCCCCUUUGAGGUUUCCAAUUUCUCUCCUUCUCGUUGGAAUGAUUUAUACGAGCACCAAAGCCCUCCAAUUUCUCUCGGUCCCAGUCUACACUAUUUUCAAGAAUUUGACAAUCAUUGUCACUGCAUACGGGGAGGUACUCUGGUUCGGUGGAAGCGUUACACCAUCAGCGCUCUUCUCCUUUGGUCUCAUGGUCCUUAGUUCUGUGGUAGCUGCUUGGGCAGAUAUCCAGCACGCGCUCUAUGGUGGUGGUGCCAAAAGUGUAGACGCUGCUGACGCGCUCUCUACUUUGAAUGCCGGUUACAUGUGGAUGGGUAUGAACGUGUUCUGCACAGCCACAUACUUGCUUUCUAUGCGCAAGGUGAUUAAGAAAAUGAACUUCAAGGAUUGGGACACCAUGUUCUACAACAACCUCCUUACUAUCCCGGUUCUUUUCCUCUGCUCUUUGAUAUUCGAAAACUGGUCGUCAAAGAACAUUGAGAAGAAUUUCCCUCUUGAGACGCGAAACACCCUCAUCUCCGGAAUGAUAUACUCUGGUCUUGCUACUAUUUUCAUCUCCUACUGCUCUGCCUGGUGUAUCCGUGUCACCUCAUCCACGACAUACUCCAUGGUUGGAGCGCUCAACAAGCUCCCACUUGCCGUCAGUGGUCUCGUCUUUUUCGCCGCCCCAGUUACAUUCGGAUCUGUUUCGGCUAUUAUCAUUGGAUUCGUUAGUGGAAUCGUCUACACCUGGGCCAAAGUGAGGCAGAGUCAAAUGAACAAGAUGGCUUUACCUACAUCUCAACCAGUCAUGAGCGCAAGUUCACAAAGCAACCGAGAUGCUUCAAGCUCAUAG